UGUUUGCAACAGAGGCAACAUUUUACAUUGUAAUGAUGGACAAGCGCAAGGUGAAUGGGACAGGCUCAUCUGGUCCCUCCAAACGACUCAGAGGAGAUGGAGAAGAUUUCCCAAGAUCAACAUUUGAGGAAGAAAUGGCAUUAAUGGAGUCAAUGGAACUUGACGAAGCUGCCGGGGAUGGCCCUGAAGUGCAGGGUCCUGAGAGCCAGGAGGUCAACAUCAAGUGGAGUCGGCCGCCGCUGCCGCCGCUAGACCCCAGCCAGGAUGCCAUCAUCUUCCAGCAGAUGGAGACCGACUACUACCUGGGUGCACCGCUGCCGGGCAUGCCCGGGGCGCAGGGCGGCACCGUGCCCAUCAUGCGCAUGUUCGGCGUCACGGCCGACGGCCACUCGGUCUGCUGUCACGUUCACGGCUUCGCACCCUACUUCUUCGUGUCGGCGCCGGACCGGUUCACGCCCGAGCUGUGCGGCUCGUUCCAGCGAAGCCCCUCCAACAUCGCUCCCUGCUGA